CUGGGUACCUAAAGUGGCUAAAGUGGUUAAAAUAUUGAUCAAACAUGCCGAUGAUAUAUUAUCUGAAACAAUUAAUUUAUAUGAAUCGGAACCUAAUGUCCAUUUGGAUGAGAAUAUUCGUGUACAUUUCUUGAAAAUCAAACAACAAGAGUCCGAUAAAAAAACCAACUUUUAUCAAGAUUUUAUACUAGUCAACAUGACCAGAAAUCCGCACCUUGAUCUUUUUGGUCUUAUGAAGGAUUCAUUUAGAAAAACCCCUAUGCAAUCACCCAUGACACUUCCAACUGUAUCACCCGAUGUAUUCUUUGAAAAUGUAACAACUUUGACCCUUGCUCAUUAUUUUUCUGGUGAUGAACAAUAUUCAAGAUGGGCCGCUAAUCUGAUUCGAUCAUUCAUUCUUUCAUCGUAUGCAAUUGGAGAACAAGACAACGUUGACAUAGACGUGCCUUCUUAUACGAUUGAUAAUGAAACCAUUAAUAACGAAGGUUAUAGUUUUCCUUAUUUAAAUAAAAUUCCUCGAAUGAUACUAAAAUUUUUAAAUGUCGGCGCAUCUUUUUCAAAAGAUUUAUCUAAUAUCGAUCCAAGUGUUUUCCUGGAUGCAUGCAGACUUCUUUAUCGAGCUCAUGUUCUUACUCAUAAAGAAUAUAUGAAUCUCCGAAAUUUUGCAUCUGAUUGGUUAGAGUCACUAAUUAACUCACCACAAAACCUUAAGAUAGGGAGACAAUCCAAUCAUCGAGGGACUAUGUUUGACCUUCAAGUGAUAUCAUUAUCUGGAUUUGUUGACGAUAUAAGACUUUACCUUCGAGUAGCCAAUCGAAUACGGAUGCGAAUUGGUAAACAAUUUAAUAUCUCUUUAGAUGCGUCAACGCCAAAGAUUUCACAAAGUCAUGAGAUUAUGUAUGUUCAGGAUUUGGUUGAUACUAAUGAAACCAAAUCAACAGACUAUGACGAGGAUAUUUUUCGGUAUACAACAUUAAAUUUACAAUAUUGGUUACGUCUUGUACGAAUAAUACAAAAUGGACAUUGUGGAUCAGAUAUAUGGCAAUAUAAAACAAAAGAUGGACAAAAACUUAGUAAAGCAGUUAUAGAACAUUUCAAACAUUAUAAGGAUAGAAUGCAUGAUGGCGCUAUUAUAAAUUUAGCAUAUAUGGCAAAGAGUGCACUCGAUGCUAGUGAAAUCAAAGGAUUUACAUGUCAAACUCAAGAUGAAUAUGAUUAUUCUAAAUACUUUAAAAAAAUUGAUGAAAUAACAAACAAAAUUAUUCUGGAUGGCGAAACAAACGAAAAAGAAUUGAAUACAAUAAUUGGUAUAGGAGACGAAGCUAGACGAAGAGACAUACCACCUUUUUGGAUGUUUGGUGUCGCAUAA